CCCCUUCCCCCCCCCCCCCGCGUCUGUUGGGCGCCCCGGCCGGUGUGCUCGUCGUGCCGUGCUUCUCGCCGCACCUGGCUGCAGGAAGAGGAUCUCAAGUAGCAGGAUGGAAGAACUCUGACAGAGAGACAGAUAACAAACCCCUUCAGCAUGGAGACCCUUCUGGUUGAUGGGGAACUUGAUAGAAAUUCACAUCAUGGUGAUAACAGAGACUCUCAUGGACCAUCAACAGUGGUAACAAACAGUGAUGAAUCACAGAUUUUAACUCCAGGAAAAAUGAGCCAGCGACAGGGAAAAGAAGCCUAUUCUACUCCAACCAAAGAGUUACUCCAGCCAUGUCUCAGCCCAGGAACUGCCCAUAGCCAUGGUUUUGACAAGGGGAAGGAUGAUGUGUCACAGAGUAAAGAGGAUACAGCACAUUCUAUGUCAAAGAGCAAGUCUGAAUCCAAGCUUUUCAAUGGCUCUGAGAAGGACAUCUCUUUAUCUUCAAGCAAACUUACAAAAAAGGAAUCUCUCAAGGUUCAAAAGAAAAAUUACAGAGAAGAAAAGAAGAGAGCCACGAAAGAAUUACUUAGCACUAUCACAGACCCGUCAGUUAUUGUCAUGGCUGACUGGUUGAAGAUUCGUGGUACCUUAAAAAGCUGGACCAAACUGUGGUGUGUACUGAAACCAGGCGUGUUGCUUGUUUACAAAACUCCCAAAAAUGGCCAGUGGGUAGGAACAGUGCUCCUGAACGCUUGUGAACUCAUUGAGAGGCCUUCUAAAAAAGAUGGCUUUUGUUUCAAACUCUUUCAUCCUUUGGAGCAGUCCAUAUGGGCUAUAAAGGGUCCCAAAGGUGAAGCAGUUGGUUCUAUAACUCAGCCAUUACCCAGCAGUUACUUGAUCAUCCGAGCUGCUUCAGAAUCAGAUGGCAGGUGUUGGAUGGAUGCUUUGGAGCUGGCACUGAAAUGUUCGAGUCUGCUUAAACGUACAAUGAUUAGAGAAGGCAAGGAACAUGAUUUGAACUCUUCAGCAGACAGUACUCAUGUCUCUCUCUAUGGUCUGCUUCGUGCUAACAACUUGCACAGCGGAGAGAACCUACCGUUAAAUGACAGUGAAAUUGAGAGGCAGCACUUUAAAGAUCAAGAUGUGUACUCUGACAAAUCUGAUAAGGAGAAUGACCACGAGGAAUCUGAUAACGAUGGCUUGGGGAAAAGCGAAGACAGCGAUAGUGACACAUCAGAGCGACAAGAUGAUUCUUACAUCGAUCCAGAGCCAAUAAAUAUCAAGGAAACUACAUACUUAGAACAGAGCCAUGAAGAACUUGGGGAGGCAGGGGAGGCUGCUCAGACAGAAGUAGUGUCAGAAGAAAAUAAAAGCCUGAUCUGGACACUACUGAAGCAAGUCCGGCCAGGAAUGGACUUGUCCAAGGUUGUGCUACCUACGUUUAUCUUGGAACCUCGUUCUUUCCUGGACAAGCUGUCUGAUUACUACUACCAUGCAGACUUUCUGUCCGAAGCUGCUCUUGAAGAGAAUGCUUACAACCGCAUGAAAAAAGUAGUGAAAUGGUAUUUGUCAGGAUUCUACAAAAAGCCAAAGGGACUGAAAAAGCCGUACAACCCUAUCCUUGGGGAGACUUUCCGCUGCAUGUGGAUUCAUCCAAGGACCAACAGCAAGACAUUUUACAUUGCAGAACAGGUGUCACAUCAUCCUCCAAUAUCUGCCUUCUAUGUUAGCAACCGCAAGGAUGGGUUUUGCCUUAGUGGUAGCAUUCUGGCCAAAUCAAAAUUCUACGGGAAUUCAUUGUCUGCCAUACUGGAUGGAGAAGGACGGCUAACAUUCCUAAAUAGGGGAGAAGAUUAUGUAAUGACAAUGCCAUAUGCUCAUUGUAAAGGAAUUCUUUAUGGCACAAUGACUUUAGAGCUUGGGGGAACAGUCAACAUCACCUGUGAGAAAACUGGCUACAGUGCAACAAUUGAAUUCAAACUCAAGCCUUUUUUGGGUAACAAUGACAGUGUUAACCAAAUAUCAGGGAAAAUUAAGCUUGGCAAAGAAGUCCUGGCUAUUUUGGAGGGUCACUGGGACAGUGAAGUUACUAUUAGUGAGAAGAAGACAGAUGUUUCAGAGACAUUCUGGAACCCAACAUCUGAUAUCAAGCAGCAUAGAUUACCUAGAUACACAGUGAAGUUUGAAGAGCAAGAUGACUUUGAGUCAGAGAAGCUUUGGCAACAAGUGACAAGAGCAAUAAAUAAUAAAGACCAAACAGAAGCUACUCAAGAGAAAUAUGUCCUGGAAGAAGCUCAGAGAAGGAGUGCCAAGGAGAGGAAGCUUAAGGGUGAAGAGUGGACGUGCAAACUAUUUGAUCAGGAUCCAGUCACGGGAGAGUGGCACUACAAAUAUGCUGAUACCAGACCGUGGGACCCUUUGAAUGAUAUGAUCCAAUUUGAAAAAGAUGGCACCAUCCAAACAAAAGUUCGACAUCGGACACCAAUGGUCAGUGUUCCAAAAAUCAAACGAAAGCCAGCCAGUCAGACGAAAGGAGAGUGUGGUUUCUCAUCCCCGGAGCCUGAUAACCAGGAUUCCUCUGGGAGUGAAGCACAACUUCUGAAGCAUAACACAAGAAUAAGGAAAAAAGGAGCAGACCUUGGUGAACUGCAAAGUGCCAUUGAAUCUAUAAAGGAAACACAAGAAGACAUUAAGAGGGACAUUAUGGCUCUACGGAAUAGAGUCACUUCUAAUUCACCACCCACAGACUACCAUUUCUUGCAGUUCAAGCACUAUGUCUUCAUUUUACUGGUGCUUCUGCUACAGCUUAUCGUUAACUUCUUGUUCAAAUAGAGUGUGAACAAGGGCCUUCUGAACUGGAAUGAUCAAACUGUUACUGGGGACCAUAUUUGAAGUUGGACUUUAAAUGAUGCAAUAUUAUCUAAAAGAGCCCUGUAGCAACAACUUACAGAACUUUGCCUCAUUGUCCAUGGUUCAGAAUCAUAUUCCUGUCUACCCAGUUGAAGGAAGAAUCAUGUAAGUGCCAGUAUGCUCUUGUCCUGGUGUGUGCCUCUGUCUUGCAGACAUAUGACAUCAGCCUUGUGUUUUUUAUUACAUCAUAAGCUGUACUGAUGAAUCUUUACCACAGAAUAGAUGAACCUAAGCAUUCAGAGGUCAGACCCUGUAGGUAGGAUGUGAUUCCUGUUACAGUAGCAUGAUAAAUGAGCACACUUUGUUACACUGAAACUUACCAUUUUUGUAACAAAGGAACUUUUGAAGUAGCCAACAGUUUUUGUAAAUGGUAUUGGGUGUUUGGAAGUAAAGUUUUGUUUAAGGUCAAACAAAUACCUUACUAUACAAAGGUCCUAAGUGUUGGGAAUUGGCAAGUAAAAAGCCUGAAGUCUCUGGGAAGUCUACAAUGUAACAUCCUUGAUUCAUUUUC